AUGGGGCUCGGAAGUUCCACGCUCUCAUACCUCCGGAUACACUUCAGUGCCGAAUAUGCGGGGCCGAUCAUGCUGAUUUGGAUCACCUCUGUAGCCAUCUGGUUCAGCAUCUUCCUCGAGAGGUAUUGCCUCAUCGUCCUCAGUCGGACCGUCGGCGCCAGCAGCAGCAUGGCCCUGGAGGGUGCACCAGCGUGGCUGGCGCUCCCGACGGACGCGGAGAUGACCGCGGCCCCGCCGCUGCAGAAGAAGGGCCGCCACGACGACGACAACGGCGGCGGCAGCAAGAGCUUGCGAGAGACGGUGGGGACGAUGGGGCGCCUCGCGUUGGCGGAUUCCCGCGAGAUCCAGGACCUGGCCGCCGUCGUGUUCAGACAGCUCGAGGUGAAGCAAGGCGGCCCGUCCGAGCAACGAGAGGCCACGGGCAGGGCGUACAACGCCCAGUCCACGGUGCUGCGCGAGAAGGGGCUGACGGACGGCUUCUCCAGCAUGUGGAAGGAUGUGAGUAUGACCUUCUCCCCGCAGCAGAUCGCGGCGCUGGUUCCGUACUCUCGGUGGAAGGCCUACAAGGGGAAGCCCACCGAGGGCGGCAAGGACAAGGGCAAGGGCAAGGACGACCAGUCGCAGUUGCAGCAGGUGACGACGGGCUCGGACAAAGGUCAUUUCAUGUACGCAGUCGAGGUCACUCACGCUGACGGGCCCAAGCUAGCGGCUCUCCUUGGAGAGGCGAUGCUGGACAUGAAGGCGGUGUACAAGGCGGGGGCGGCUCCGCCAGGCCCACUCCAUCGCCAGCUCUCGAAGCUGAUCAACGACAUGUGA